ACUCUUAUCUAGAAUUUUGAAGAAUUACAGAAGUAUUAGACAUGUCAAUUGGAACGAGAAUUUCGAUUGUUCUUGGUUUAUCAUACUACUUGUUUGUGAGUCCUCCAGCCUAUGCAGACAAAGAAAGGGACACAAUUUUGCAUGGGCAGCCACUCGAGGACUGGGAGUCCCUCAGUUCAGCAAACAAGGUAUUCAGAUUGAAUUUCUUUAGCCCACGAAACUCAAGUAGGCGGUAUUUAGGCAUAUGUUACAACACACCACCGGAUUACGGGGAAGCCAAUCUUCCACUUUAUGAUCGGACAGUGUGGGUGGCCAAUCGUGACACUCCAAUUGUUGAUGCACCGGGGAGUCUUAUGAUUGACAAUGAUGGCAAGUUGAAGAUUACUUCCAGCAGAGGGUAUGUUCCCAGUAUUUUUAAUUCUAUCCCGAGAGCCAGUAGUAAUGCAAGUGCUACACUGCUAGAUAAUGGCAAUUUUGUACUAAGAGAACUGAAUCUAAAUGGUUCUGUAAACCGAACCUUGUGGCAAAGUUUUGAUUACCCUACAGACACGAUUCUACCUGGAAUGAAGCUAGGUAACAAUUUCAAAACAGGGCAUCGGUGGUUGCUCACAUGUUGGAUAAGCAAAGAAGAACCAUCGUCGGGAUCAUUUGCCAUUGGUGGAGACCCAAAUGGCACAAACCAAAACGUAGUGUGGUAUCAGGGAAAUGUGUAUUGGACUAGUGGGGUUUGGAGUAAUGGACAUUUUGGCAAUCUUCCCAAAUUACUUGAUGGUGAAUUCAGCUACGUUUCAAAUGAGAAUGAGAAGUACCUUACAUAUUCAGUAAAUAAGAAUAUUUCUUUCCUUUAUUUCAGAAUAGAUCCAGUGGGUGUCAUGAUGGGAAUAGUAUUAGGAUCCUUUGGUGAUUGUUCUCUUGCGAAACAGGACGAAGGAUGUGUGAAAAAGACAUUGCCUGAGUGUAGGAAGCCUGAUUAUUGGUUUGAGAGUAGGGCAGGUUACAUGCUUGGUGAUGGUUACAGAUUUGGUGAAAACUACAACCUGAGCAUCUUUGAUUGUCAGGACAAGUGUGAGCAGAAUUGUUCUUGUGUUGCUUAUGCUUCUCGCACCACCCAAUAUGGUUCUGGUUGCGAGAUUUGGAGUAUGGAAACUAACUUCUACCCAUCAGGAUAUGCAGACAGGGAGAUUUACAUUCUUAAAAGGGAUAUAGGAAGAGAAUCCACCAAUGAUCGUGGGAAGCACAGAUCGGCAGCUAGGCACUGGUGGAUAUGGCUUAUUGCGGCAUUGGGUGGGACAAUAUUGCUGGCAUUCUGCAUCAUUUGCUAUGUUGUACAACGAAACCUCCGAGUAAAAGAAAAAACAAGAAUGCAGCUAGAUGAGCUGGAAGAUAUCAUAACCGCUCCAGGCAAAUACAGCCAACCCAGUGAUAAAAUGGAUAAGAAGAUGAGCCAAGUGUACAAUUUCAGCUUUGUAAGUAUUGCUAUGGCCACAAACAAUUUCGCUGACGAGAAUAAGCUUGGAGAGGGGGGCUUUGGACCAGUUUAUAAGGGAACAUUACCUUGUGGGCAAGAGAUAGCUAUAAAAAGACUUUCAAGAAGCUCAGGACAAGGGAUGAGAGAGUUCAAAAAUGAGAUUCAACUGAUAGAUCUUGAAAAUCAAGUUUUAUUCCCAAUAAAACUCCUUUUGUGGUGGAGGUCGCGCGUUUGUGUGUUGAUUUGGGUUGUGGUGGGGGUGAUGGUGCUAGUGAUGGUCACAAGUGGUUUUGAGGUAGUUUGUGGAGGUGGUUUGGUUGUGAUGGUGGUGGUCAGUGGUGUCGGGUGUUUGGUUGUGGCAAUGGUGUGGAGUAGUUCGUUGCAGUGGUGUGGUGGCUUUGUUGGAUCCAAUGAUGGGAGAGGUAACGUUGGAUAUGGUGGUGUUGUGGUUCUGAUGGUGGCGGUGAUGGUGGACAUUGUGGGUGAGAAGGUGGCGAUGGUUAUGGUAAUAUGUUGGUGGCGUGGGUCUAUUGAGGUGGUGGUGGAUAUGGCACAAUGA